AUGGCCGCCCGCAAGGACGCCGUCAUCAAAUCUAUCCGGAGCGAAAUGGCCCUCGCCAACGCCCAGGAGCUCAUGAACAAAACAAACGAAAAGUGCUUCGCCAAGUGCGUCACAAAGCCUUCCACUUCCUUGUCCGGCUCCGAAGAGACAUGUCUCGCUCGCUGCCUCGACCGCUACAUGGAGGCAUUCAACAUUGUCAGCAGAUCCUACAUCUCUCGCAUCAGCAAAGAGCGUCUAGAACACUAG